GCUAUGAUCAGUAAUGUGAAAAUGUUUAGGAUUAAAAUCAAAUUUAGGAAAAUAAAUUUCAUAAUUGAAUGUUUAGAUGUUUUCAAGUUCUGUCAUAUGACUUAUCUUGAAUGACAGUACAGUUGUUAAACAGUUUUGGCAAUGGCUGCUUGUAGUAAGAACUUGUAUAGAUGCGAUUGAACAGUGCCCGCCAAAGGCAAGGAUGUGACCUGUAGCGGUAUUUUUACAUCUGCUGCAAUUCUGGUGGCAGAGGGUACUAGCCUCAGGGACAGACAGGACAGUUCAGGCAUAAAGGUGAAAUGUAGGGACAUAAUGAUGCUGAGUGGUGUUCUGCAGUAGUGUAUUUUACCAAAACAUUAUCUGUUAUGGGAGUUGUUUUUUUCUGAGUGUAGUGCCAAAGUAGAGUUGUGGAAACACUUUGGUGGGGAAAAAAAGUGAAGUUUCAUGGAAAAGAUUCUGAAAGAACUGCAUUAAUGCCUUUCAACUGCUUUUGGGGUAGAAAGUUUCAUUGAAUACAGUUAGGUAGGGAGGCUUGCUUUAACUUGGAGUUAUAUAAUCCAUUUUCAGUGUCUCAGUUCCUCCUGCACUCCCUCUCCUACGGUAAUUGGAGGGUGUGCUGAGGACUUGGUCCGGGUGUCCUUCCUUCACAAUUAGAGGAGUCUAGGGAAGAGGCUGCCGGGAAGUCUGGAUUGACAGUGGGAUGGUGAGGAAUCAGACAAGAGAGCGGAUCAGUAGGUCGGAGUGAGAGUAGUUAGGCCUGUGGUUAAGAGAUUUUGUGGAUUUUUGCUCCUAAAAGUUUGUGUAACAAAAGCAAUAGGGCCUUCUAAUCCUCACCCAAUAAAAUUGCCAAGAUUGGACAUGACAUUUCAAAGAACAACUUCUGUAGAAUUUGACUCAUCUCUUUGAAAAUCACUGAUCUAGUACAGAGAUGACACGUGCGGAGUUAACUAGUGUAAAAGGGAAGCUUUGUUGACAAGCAUGAAUGAACAAUAGGAUUAGUUCUGCCAAGAAAUAUUUGAAAGAGGAGCUUGUUUAUCAAAAUGAAUCUCUAGCUGGUGCAGUGGAUGGGGGGUAUUUCUGAAUCAGGACACUUCUGGUAUUCCUUCCUGUGUGAGCAGCCUGCCUUUUUCCCCCAAAGUAGUUUGGCCGAAGAAUGAGGCACUCUGGAGAGUCUAUUUGUGCAUGUUUUCAAGUGCUUUGCUUAUUUCUCACGCUCACCGUGUGAGGUCAGUAGAGUAUGGUGGUGCUAGCUCCAGCACCCAGCGCCAGUGAGGCUCCUCUGGUAUUGGUAGUCCAGGCACUCUGACUGCUCAGUAGUUUAAUGGCAGCAAAGCCUCAGUUACCUGAAGACCAGACUUAGGAGCCUUGAUCAGCUAGGGUACAGACACACAGAGCUCUACUUCAACAAGUGUUUAUUUGGUCCCUCUUGUUAUUUGUAAGUGGCUCUGCUUUGAAGUCGAAAUGCUUUUCCAGCUUCACUGGAGUGUUGUGGUAGCACAGUGGUAGAUAACUAAGUGCUGAAGGAAAUAAGGAAGUUGCAAGGAGGUGGUAGUGUACUGGGUGAAUGGUGAUAGGGAAGAACGAGGAAGCUGGAGAGCCCUGCAGGGGAGGGGGAAGAACACACUACACCUGUGCUGCUGUGGCCCCGAGAGCAGUGCUGCUCGUCUACACAGGAUAGCACUGGAGAGAGAUGUGUAGUGCCACCUCUGAAUUUCAUAAGAAAGUCGGAGCCCCAUAACAUGGUGUGGGAAGUGAAGACAAAUCAGAUGCCUAAUGCAGUACAGAAACUCCUGCUGGUAAUGGACAAGAGAGCUUCAGGAAUGAAUGACUCACUGGAGUUGCUGCAGUGUAAUGAGAAUUUGCCAUCCUCACCUGGAUAUAACUCCUGUGAUGAGCACAUGGAGCUUGAUGACCUUCCCGAACUUCAGGCUGUUCAAAGUGAUCCUACCCCUUCUGCCAUAUACCAGCUAAGUUCUGACGUUUCACAUCAAGAAUAUCCAAGACCAUCUUGGAACCAAAAUACCUCAGAUGUAUCAGAGAAUACUUACCGUGAAAAUGAGGUGGACUGGCUAACAGAAUUAGCAAAUAUUGCCACCAGUCCACAAAGUCCACUUAUGCAGUGCUCAUUUUACAACAGAUCAUCUCCUGUGCACAUCAUAGCUACUAGCAAAAGUUUACAUUCCUACGCACGCCCUCCACCAGUGUCCUCAUCUUCGAACCCUCAUCACCACUGGAAGGAGGAGACCCCAGUGAGACAUGAACGGGCAAACAGUGAGUCAGAGGCUGGCAUUUUCUGCAUGUCCUCCCUGUCAGAUGAUGAUGAUUUGGGGUGGUGCAAUUCCUGGCCUUCCACUGUUUGGCACUGCUUUUUGAAAGGCACACGGCUGUGCUUUCAUAAGGGAAGCAAUAAGGAGUGGCAGGAUGUUGAAGAUUUUGCUAGAACUGAAGGUUGUGAAAAUGAGGACGACCUCCAGAUGAGCACUCACAAGGGCUAUGGUUCUGAUGGUCUAAAGUUGUUAUCACAUGAAGAAAGUGUGUCAUUUGGUGAGUCUGUUCUGAAGUUGACUUUUGAUCCUGGUACAGCAGAAGAUGGCUUACUUACCGUAGAGUGUAAGCUGGACCACCCUUUCUAUGUUAAAAAUAAAGGUUGGUCCUCAUUUUACCCAAGCCUGACUGUGGUGCAGCAUGGCAUUCCAUGUUGUGAAGUCCACAUUGGCGAUGUCUGUCUACCUCCCGGACACCCCGACGCCAUUAAUUUUGAUGAUUCAGGGGUCUUUGAUACAUUUAAAAGCUAUGACUUCACCCCCCUGGACUCCUCUGCAGUGUACGUGUUAAGCAGUAUGGCUCGUCAGCGCCGUGCCUCUCUGUCCUGUGGAGGACCUGCUGGCCAAGACUUCGCAGCAUCUGGGUUUAGUAAAAACUGUGGCUCACCGGGAUCAUCACAGCUCUCUUCGAAUUCUUUGUAUGCUAAAUCUGUCAAAAACCACAGCUCAGGGACUGUGAGUGCCACUUCUCCUAAUAAGUGCAAAAGACCAAUGAAUGCCUUCAUGCUUUUUGCCAAAAAAUACAGAGUUGAAUAUACUCAGAUGUACCCAGGGAAAGAUAACAGAGCCAUAAGUGUGAUCCUUGGUGACAGGUGGAAGAAAAUGAAGAACGAAGAGAGAAGGAUGUACACAUUAGAAGCAAAGGCUUUGGCAGAAGAACAAAAGCGUUUAAAUCCUGACUGUUGGAAAAGGAAAAGAACCAACUCAGGCUCACAACAACAUUAAGCCAGGAUACAUAUGUCCUCAAGUCUGCAUUUGUGUAAACAUUGACUCCUGAUGGAAAGACUUAAGAGGAUCAAGGUCUCACCAUGUGUCCUGAAUUCGUGGGACGACCAUACAACACUGAUAGCAUUGAGUCUUGAAAUGAUUUAAUUAUAAGAGUGAGGAUUUGCUUUCUCCAUUAGAGCAUUAAGUAAGCUAAAACUAUCAACAUUGUAAACCAAAUUGCCUUAUUUUCCUUCCAAACUUCAUAUAUGUCUAUCAGGUAAUAUAGGCUUGAAAUUGAUAUCCUGUGGUGCUAAAGUACAGUAGAAAGAGAGCAGAAGUGUAUACAUGUUUUAUUUUAAAUUGUAUGAAAGGGGAAUUCAAAAUACGUAACUGCUGUUUCUACAUUGGCUCCUUACGGCUUAGUAAUCCGUACCGUACACAUGACGGAGUGGAGCAGAGGCUGGGAGUCGGCCUUUCCCCGAGCACCACCACGUGGCCCAGCAUCUGUGCCAAACACGGGCGCGCGUAGUCUGGCCAGUGCCAAGAGACUGCCAGAACGUGUGGUAGGUGGAGGGUGGCAGUAUCCCAGGAAGAGCGCCACCUGCUGCAGUUACCGAGGGCAGUGCUGAGUUUAUGCACCAGGUGGCAGCACCCAGCCAUUAUUUCCAGUGGAGACCUAGCCCAGGCCAAGGUAAACUUAGUUAAUAGCAUUGAGAUAUAGUCACUGUAAUGGUGCUAUUAACAGUUCGACACCAUUGUAUUUUUUAACUUUGUGCUCUAUAUCUCAGCCACGUAUCUUAAAUAUAUUUUGUCAUCAUAUCUAUGGUGGGGGCAGACUUUGCACUUCUCACAGUGCAACACUUGCACUUUACUUCUCCUCCAGCUGUCUAAAGUGAGAGCAAAUACAUUGGCAAUAUGACUGCUUUUGCUCUGAGCUACAAUCAUGGCUUCUCAUGUUACUUACCAAGUGGUGUUUCUGGUUAGGAAUCACAGCUGUAAAAUUGAUUUCAGUUCAUUACACUUCUUCAUGAUGUUGCCCCUAAAUUUUGCACACUAUAUUCUUGUAUAUUAUUUCAAAUAAAAUAAAAAAAAAAAGUCA